CAAACUGUCGAAGUCACCCCCCACACUCGAUCCCCGUUAAUCAGGCAGGUCAAAGACGUAGCGAGCAUGCGAGCUACCUCAUAAGGCUGGUUUGCCUUGUUUAAAUAACGCAAAUUCCUACUAAUCACAAGAUGAUUCAUUAAUCCAAGAAUGACGCAUGUGCGGGGGUAGCUCAUAAGGUAGAACUUUCUUCUUUCUUCUCCUUCCAUGAGGGCAUUUAAACAUCAAGCAAAAAGGUCAGCAUCGCCAUGGAUUCAGUACUAGCGCCAAAGCCAUCAGUGCUAGGCCUGCGGGACCCUUCACUUCUAGUAACCGAUGGUCUUGUCGCUGGACAAUGGAGAACUGGAGCAUCAGGAAAGACUUUUUCAGUCACUGAGCCAUCUUCCGGCGAAGAGCUGUCACGUUGUGCCGACCUCGCACUGCUUGACUUUGUAGAGGCCAUCGACAGCGCAUACAUCGGAUAUCAGAAAUUCUACAGCUCAACAACAGCAAAAGAGAGAGGCGGCCUUCUGAGACGGUGGAAUGACUUGAUCCUUGAGAAUGCUGAUGAUCUCGCUAUUAUCCUUUCUUCAGAAAACGGCAAGACCUUGGCAGAGGCCAAAGGAGAGGUCUCAUAUGCUGCCUCUUUUGUCGCGUGGUUCGCAGAAGAGGCCACUCGAUCAUACGGCAAUACUAUUCCCUCGUCAUAUCAUAAUACAACAGUCCUGACGUUCAAAGAACCAGUUGGAGUCUGCGGGAUAAUCACCCCAUGGAACUUCCCAGCCGCAAUGAUCACUCGAAAAAUUGCUCCCGCUUUUGCAGCAGGAUGUUCGGUUGUUAUCAAGCCACCGAGUGAGACCCCAUUCAGUGCGCUCGCGCUCGCAAAGUUGGCCUUGGAAGCAGGUAUUCCAAGCUCCUGCUUGCAUGUGGUUCCUACAAAAGACCACAACGCCUCUUUGGAACUUGCUACCAACCCGAAGGUCAAGAAGUUGAGCUUUACGGGCUCCACAGGGGUUGGCAAGAUGCUCACAAAGCUUGCGGCUGGAACGAUGAAGAAGGUCAGCAUGGAGUUAGGUGGAAAUGCGCCAUUCGUGGUCUUUAGUGAUGCUGACUUGGACCUUGCGGUUGAUGGCGCCAUGAUCUCAAAGUUCAGGUCUACUGGUCAGACCUGUGUUUGCGCAAACAGGUUGCUCGUUCAUAGCUCUGUUGUCGGCGAGUUUACGAAGAAGCUCGUUGCUAAGGUGGAGAGCUUAAAAAUUGGACGGGGCUUAGAUAGUAGUACCACUCAGGGGCCUCUAGUUAAUGCUUCCGCGGUUGCCAAAGUCGAGGAGCACGUACAAGACGCCGUCUCGAAGGGUGCAAAGCUCCACACCGGUGGAAAGAAACCAGCAGGCUUGAAGGGAUUCUUCUACGAGCCAACCGUUCUGACUGGAGCAACCACAAAAAUGAACGUGGCCUACGAAGAGACGUUCGGACCACUCGCGGCUAUCUUUGCGUUCCAAACCGAAGAGGAAGCGCUUGCGCUUGCGAAUGAUACAGAGUUCGGACUUGCGGGCUACUUCUUCAGCAAAGAUAUUGGCAGAGUCAUGCGCGUUGCGCAGAGAAUGCAAUGCGGCAUGGUUGGAGUGAACACAGGCCUCAUCAGUGCCGCGGAGUCGCCUUUCGGAGGUAUCAAAGAGAGCGGUGUUGGAAGGGAAGGAAGCAAGUACGGCUUGGCUGAGUACCAGAACAUCAAGUGCGUCACAAUAGGCAACAUCCAUAUGUAG